UCAGAUAUAUGCCCAGAAGUAGGAUGAUUUCUUUCUCCAUCAUCUAUGAUCCUUGCAAAUGAAACAGAGAGGACAGGUCAUGCUUCAGCAUGAAUGGCAGCAGCAUCUUUGGAGACAGCCUCAAGAAUCCCUAUCUGAGAAGCUAUGUCUCUAAUUUAAGUAUGAGACAGCUCUUACAGCCAGGAAGAAUUUCAAGUCCCUGCCUAUUUGCAGCACUGCCUGAAAACAAUCAAGUCAUCUUUCAAACUUGACCAAACUACAAAUGAUGUCGUCAAUAGAAGAUGUAUGGAUUUCACCACUCUUUGACAUAGGAUGUGUACAUGGCUCUUCAGGUCAGAGUUGCUCCCAGCAAGGUUGUUUUGCAGAACCUUCUCGUAUGUGUUAUCCUCUUCUACACUGUGUACUAUGCGGUUCUGGGCCUGUGCUGCUUGAUGUUCAGGGUGUAUGAGUUGGAUGUCCGGGCACCAUUUGAUUUCAAAACAAAUCCCUCCUGGCUCAACACAAAUUAUAAAGUUCUUUUAGUCUCAACAGAGGUCACCUACUUUGUUUGUGGAUUGCUUUUCGUUCUGGUAGUGGAAGAAUGGGUUUGGGAUUAUGGUAUUUCAGUAACAAUUCUUCAUGUUACCAUCACGUCAGCUGUUAUGUUGGAAUUCCCUUUGACAUCGCAUUGGUGGGCUGCUUUAGGAUUCGGCUUAAUUUCAAUGAUAUGUGGAGGCCAGACUUUAGCAUACUGUUUGUUCAGAGACAAUUUUAUUUAUCCAGAUCUGGAGGAUUUUUAACGGAAUGGCUGAAUUAAUUUGCCUCAGACUUUCUAUAUUAUCACAUACAUUGUGUUCAAGCUCAGUUGUAUUUUUUGUUCAUAUCUAUAUUCAAGGUUGAAUUUAUUCAGGGUACUUUUUAACUAUAAAAAGAGGCGAGACCUUAAUAGAAAGCAGAAGAAUCCUAGUAAAGAACUCAUGAGCAAAGUCAUAAAAUGCAGUGUUUCCCAAAGUAUGUUACAUAGACCCCCAGUUCUGAAUGAUAUUAAUAGUGCCAUGUGGGGAAAAUAAAAUUUGCAUAUUUAAAUAUUUUUGUGGAAUCCUGGGUUUUUAAGUAAAAAAAAACUCAUUCCAGAACUUCUUAGAAUCUUUAACAUAUUGCUGUGAACAAGACAUCUCUAAACAGCAGUAUAUCUUUGAGUGCUCUUUCUCAGACCUAUUUGAACAGUUUAGAAAAUGCUGAUGUAUCAUGUGGAAACUACAACAUGGAAAAGGGCAGAAUCAAAACUACUGCAAAUCCCUGAACCAGCAUUAGAUUUGUUUUUGUUUUUUGUUUGUUUGUUUGUUUGGCUGCGCCUGUGACAUACAAACGUUCCUGGGCCAGGCAUUGAACCUGCACCACAGCAGCAACCUGAGCCACAGCAGUGAUGACACCGUAUCCUUAACCCACUGUACUACCAAGGAACUUUCAGAGUUUGAUUCUCUUAUUGUCCCAAAAUAUUUGUGAGAGCAUUUCUUAUGAAAUUAUUGCCUUUUUAAAAACAUUAGUGUCUAUUUCUUUCCUUAGUCUAUAGUGUUCUAACAUAGUGCUUCUCAACAUUCAGUGGGCAUAUGAAUCACUUGGGGAUCUUGUUACAAUGCAGAUUUGAGUGAGAAGAGCUGGAAUAGAGCCUGAAAUUCUGUAUUUCUAACAAUUCCUGAAAAAAUACCUGUGCUGCUGGUCCAUCUUUAAAUAGCAAGGCCUAAGUGGUUGGGAUAUUUUUUAAGGUUGUAGAAUUCUGUACUGCUGGCCCUGUGUUUUUUAUAUCAUGGUUAUUCAAUACAUAAUUGUUGAAUUGUAUCAAACUAAGGUGAGUUAAAUUUGUAUAACAGUCUUAAAUAUUUCCCACUUUUGAGUAUAUUCAAAACAUCUCCAGAUAUGAAAGAAACACAUAGUAUAUUACAACUAAAAUAUAAGUAU